GAAGGAGGGGGGGCUGUCAGCAGGCUGAAGACCAUUUCAGGUGUUUUAAGGGAACUUUCUGUCUCAGUCUGUAUGUUAUCUAAUCGGUUCACCUGUGCUUCUGUGUGACGUAACCGGAUGAUAGCUAGCUACACGUUAGCUCUUGAAUGCUAACAGCCAGCUUCGCUUCUCCUCCGCUAGCCGUUAGCUUCUAGCCUGAAGGUAAAUAGGCUUCUAUUAUCGGACACGAGUUCAUCUGUUGACCUCCAUAACCCCUGUCCGACCUCCAUGACCUGUUUGACCGUCAUCAUCAAAUAGCGUUGCCAUGGCGAACAAGACAGACCAGAUGCCUUCCCCUGAUGAAGGGCUCUCGAAGCCCCUCCCUCGCCGCCCCCCCCGCCGCCGUGCCACUGCAAAUGUGGGCAGGCGGGGUCAGAGGGCGAAGAGGCGGGGCCCCGGAGAUAAGAGGCGAGGCCAGAGGGAGAAGAGGCGGGGCCAGGAGGAAAAGCAGAAGGGGGUGACGGUAAAGAGGACGUGCAGCGACGGGAAGCGGCGCUGGGAUAAAAAGCAUUACUGCGUCUUCUGUCGGCGGCCGCAGGUGAAGAUCGCUCGUCACCUGCUCACCAAACAUGCCGAACAACAGGAAGUGGCGGCCGCCAGCGAGCUGCCCACAGGCUCCAAACAACGCCACCUGCUGCUGGAGCACUUACGCUGCAGGGGCAACUACAUGCACAACAUCGAGGUGAUCAGACAGGGCACUGGAGAGAUUGUCCCGUGGCGUCAGCCCUCCGAGGACGUGGAUGCGAGGAACUACCUCCCCUGCCCGCUCUGCCUUGGUUUCUUCCUUCGCGCUGAUCUCUGGAAACAUCAAGCCUCGUGUCGAAAGAAGCUGACCUCUGACCCCUCCAAAGACUCCUCCGCAGCAGCAUCAGAGGACAAGGACACAACCUCUGACUCCACAGGAAAGUCUGCCUGUGAUCCAGUGGUCGACAGGACCGACGAGUCCACAGAGGAUCCACCUUCUGACCUCUCGGGAGACGCGACCACAACGGACCAAACCGGGACAUCUGAGACGGGGACCAAGCGGCUCAUGACCUCUGACCUCAUUGUGGUUCAGAAUGUGACCUCGGACCCAGGGGCGGACCAGCCAAGGAAGCGCAGCAGGGUCCAAGCAGCAGCAUCCCGCCUCCUUCCAAUUUCCAGCGGAGCAUCUGAGAGCUGCAGUGAAGUCCUCCACCGCAUGAACCAGGACCACGUCUCACACCAGGUCAAAUCUGAUUGGUUGAUCUGUAAAUAUGGAAACAAGUUAAUGGGGAACCAAGAUGGCAGCCAGAGGAGGUACGACUACAUCAGUCAGAAGCUGAGGGAGCUCGGCAGGUUCCUCCUGGCCGCUAAAUCUCUGGACUCUGGCGUCCAGAACCUGCAGGACCUUCUGUCUCCAGGCCGCCUCAGCCUGUCUUUGGCCGCUGCCAGAAAGGCGUCUGGAUACCGAUGGAACCGCCCUCCACUGGCGGUGAAGACCACGUUAAAAACGGUUUGUGAAAUUGCAAUCGGAGAAAGUCUGCAGGACGGAGACUGGGAGGCUGCGGCCAAGACCACAGACUUCUACCACCUGCUGGGGAGGGAAUGGGACAACCUGGGACUGCUGCACCCCGACCCUAACACAGCCACUGCAGGAGGAGCCAAGCUAAAGAAACGAUUGGUCCAUUCUAGAAGUGAGAAGUGUAAAGAGCAGUCUGAGCCCAGACUAGAGGUUUCAUCUCAGAACAGUAACAGACCACCAGAGUCCAGGCUGCAGACUCCUAUUACAGGUGGGUCCUCCUGGACUACAAGUGUAUCACUGAAUUAUGUUCAGAACCCUUUUGUCUCAUCACCUUUCUGUCUUUCAGUCCCUGCGGCUCCUGGGAAGGUCCAACGUCGCCCAUGGUCUUCUGCAGAGAAGGAGGCGGUCUGGAGACAGUUGGGAGUCCACGUGCUGGUCCAGUCAGUACCGGGGAAGGAGGUCUGUCAGCGUUGCCUGGACCUGGAACCUGUCCUCAGAGGGCGACACUGGAAAGACAUCAAGAACCAGGUCCACAACCAGAUCCAGAGCCAAAAGAAGCAGCAGUUCCAUGCCCAGAUGGAUCUUCAGGAGAACCAGGAACAGCGAGACCUGAUCCAGAACCAAAAGAAGCAGCAGCAGUACCAAGCCAACAUGGACCAACAGGGCAAGGACCACACCCAAAACCAAAAGAAACAGCACUACCAGGCCCAGAUGGACCACCAAGACCAGGACAACAUUCACAAUAAGAAGAAACCGCAGUACCCUACCCAGUUGGACCACCUACAGAUUCACAAAAAGCAUCUGUGCCAUGCUAGACUAGACCACCAGGACCAUAUUCAGAUCCAUAAAAAACAGCUGUAUCAAAUGGGCCAGCAGAACCAGGGCCUGCAGACCGCCCUGGACCGGGACACUUCUAUACUGACAGGUACACCUUAUGGACCCGAUGGGUCACAUCAAGCCCUUGGACAGUCGCUGCUGGAGCGGGACCCCACUAUUAGUCCAUACUCACUUCCACACAGGACUCUGGGUCCUCACGUGGACGAGCUGUUGUCCAGGACAGAGUGGACUGAUGAGUCUUUGGCCCAGCACUACUCAAUUAGCAGGCAGCUAGACCGGAACCUGCUCCAGGAUGCAGCCCCCGGACCUCCGCCCAAUUCACACUCUGGACUUGUGCACUUCUGAUGGACAGACCCACAAGGGUCCACUAAUGAUGAGGUCUCCUUCAGAUACAGUUAAAUGCAUCAAUCUGGUGAAGUUUGAGAGGACUGAAGAACCUCAUGCUCGUUUAGGAUUCCCAAAUACUGUACUUAAGUAACAUUUUGAGGUACUUCUACUUUACUUGAGUAUUUCCAUUGUAUGUAACUUUAUAUUUGUACUCUAAAUUUCAGAGGAAUAUAUUGUACUUUAAAUAUAUUGUACUUUAAACUUUAAAGUAGUAUUGUACUUUAAACUUCAUUUGACAAUAUUAGUUAAGAGUUAAUAUUCAGAGUCAAUACAAAUCAAUCACGUCAAUUAAUAAACUCUGGUUUGUCCUUAAGUCGAAUAAAGUCGAAUUAUACAAUACAUUAUAAUUAUAAUUCAAUAAUACAUACAGUACGUUAUCGGAAAUGGUUCAAGAUGCAUCAAGUAGUACUUUUACCUUUGGUACUUCAAGUACAUUAUGACGCCAAUACUUUUGUACUUGGGUAACAUUUUUUAAUGUUACUUGUAUUUUUACACAGUUUUCUAGUAAAUAAUUUAAUCAUGAA